AUGCCACCCCGACCACGCAACCUCCUCCUCUGCUUCGACGCCUUCGGAACCCUCUUCACACCCCGUCACCCGAUCGCCCAACAAUACGGAGAUGUAGCCCGUUCCCUCGGACUCGGACCAUUCACUAACGACGAUAUAGCAAAGUCCUUCAAAGCCGCAUUCAAGCAAGAAUCACAAGCCAACCCAAAUUAUGGCAAAGCAAACGGUCUCGAUCCCGAGAAAUGGUGGGCGAAUAUCAUAACCAACACCUUCCAACCCCUGACCCCACCUAAUACCCCUCUCCCUGCCGACUUGGUCCCCAAACUGCUGCGAAGAUUCUGGUGCGAAGAAGGAUACACGCUCUUUCCGGACGUCGUUCCUCUGGUGCGGAAAAUUCGUAGACUUCAUGCGGCGAGUGGGACGCAUGUUGUCAUUGGCAUGGUGACGAAUUCGGAUGAUCGGGUGCCGCAGAUUCUGAGGUCGCUGGGGAUGAGCGUUGGUUCUUGGCGGUUUGGCGACUCGUCUGGGAAGAAGGUGGAGGAGGCGGUGGAUGUGGAGUAUGAUGUUGAUUUUUCUGUCAUGUCGUAUCAUGUUGGGCACGAGAAGCCGGAUAAGCGGAUUUUUGAGGCGGCCGAGGGGAUGUUGAUGCAGACGCUUGAGGCAAGGGGUGUCUCGGAUUCGCCGGGCCAUGAUGCUUGGAGGAAGGUGUAUGUCGGAGACGAGUAUGCAAAGGAUGUAGUUGGAGCGCUGGGCGCGGGAUGGAAGGCUGUCUUGAUCGAUCGGGAAAGAGGCGGCGAGGGACAGGACGUGAAGCCUUUGGAUGAUGCGCCGGUGGGUGAUCUCUACGACGUUCUGGAUGAGCAUAGUGCUCUCGGGUUCCGGAGUUUAGAGAAACUGGCCGAGUGGUUGCCGAAAACGCACUGA